AUGGCCUUUAGCUCGGGACCGCUGUGGACGUAUCUGGGGUGGCUGUCUGGUGCUGGAGCGCUCUACAUUUUCAGCCUCGUCAUCUACAGAGUCUUCUUCCACCCUCUGGCAAAGUAUCCCGGUCCUUUCCUGGCCAAGAUCAGCGAUGCGUAUCAGCUCUACCACGCCUACAAAGGUGACCGUCACCUCGAGUUCUGGCGUAUGCAUCAGAGAUACGGCAAGGUUGUCCGAUUCGGGCCCAACUCCCUCUCCUUCAACUCGAACCAGUCUCUCAAGGAAAUCUACGGCUUCCGCUCCAAUGUGCGCAAGGCCGAGUUCUACGAUGCUUUUGUUCACCCGGCCGCCAACACCCACAAUACCCGCGACAAGGACGUUCACGCCCGCAAGCGGCGUGUCCUCUCUCACGCCUUUUCCGACAGCGCCAUGAAGGAGAUGCAGCGCUACAUCCUGGGCAAUGUCCGGACCUUCUGCCAGCAAAUCGGCCUGAAUGACGGCCCCGUCGACGCUAAGGGUUGGACGAAACCCCGCAACAUGAGCGACUGGUGCAACUAUCUCGCCAUGGACAUCCUCGGCGAUCUCAGCUUCGGAAAGGCCUUCCACAUGCUCGAGAAGCCCGACAACCGAUUUGCUCUGGAACUCGUCGAAGCUGCCACCACCAGACAUCUCAUCUGCGGGACCAUGCCCAUUGUCGACAAGCUAAAGAUUGACAAGUUCUUGUUCCCCAAGCUGGCAGCCGGCCGCGCGAGGUACAUGGCUUACAGCAAGGGCCAGCUCACGGAGCGCACCAAGCUCGGCGCCGAGGCCGACCGCCGAGACUUCUUCUACUACCUGCUCAAGGCCCGCGAUCCCGAAACCGGCCAGGGAUUCAGCACUCCCGAGCUCUGGGGCGAGUCCAACUUGCUUAUCAUCGCCGGUUCCGACACCACUUCGACCGCCAUGGCCUCGACGCUGUUCUACCUUGUCCGCAACCCUCACGCCCUAAGACGGGUUACCGAGGAAAUCCGUAGCAAGUUCGACGACGUCGAGGAGAUUGUCCACGGGCAUCUCCUGGGCUCUUGCACCUACCUGCGCGCCUGUGUCGACGAGGCCAUGCGACUCUCACCCUCUGUCGGAGGCAUCCUCCCUCGCGAGAUCCUUGCAGGAGGCAUGACCAUUGACGGCCACACUCUUCCUCAGGGCACCGUAGUCGGCACCCCGCACUACACCAUCCACCACAACGAGGCCUACUAUCCUUUACCUUAUGGUUACGCUCCUGAGCGUUGGCUCCGCGGCGAAGUGAACCCCCUGAACGGCAAGACGGUGACGGAAGACGACGUCGCCCUGGCCCACAGCGCCUUUUGCCCCUUUUCCAUUGGGCCCCGUGGCUGCAUCGGCAAGGGCCUCGCCUAUGUUGAGAUGACCACAACCCUGGCUCGUACCAUCUACCUCUACGAUCUCCGAAGGGCGGUUGGUGUCGUUGAUCCUGGCGAGGGUCGCGCUGAUCUCGAGUGGGGACGUCACCGUGAGACCGAGUUCCAGCUGGUUGAUACGUUUACGAGCGCCAAGAAGGGUCCCAUGGUUGAGUUCAGGAGGGCUCAGAAAACUUGA